ACGCACUGUCAAGAGGGUUAAAGCACGCGCGCGCCUUUCACAUCAGCAGUGCGUGUUCAUGUGUGUGUGUGUGUGUGUGUGGAGCAAAUGUUGUGUGUUGUUUAAAUUCCGGACUGGUUUCAGAGCGUGCUGAAUCAGUUUGUGAUGCUUUGAUCAGUCCUUAUCAUGUCUCAUACCGAAGUUGAAAUUAGAGUUGAAUUAGAGGACGACUGUCUCUCUAGAGUGCCAGUUCUGCGGACGCCCUCCCUGAGCGCGAGGAGAAACUCGUAUGUGCUUCACAAACUCAGCGUGGAUAUUGACUCACAAAUCUAUAAUAAACAACUUUCCAACACGCUUUCGUGGUCUGCCGAAAACAUUUUAAUAUCAGAUAGAAGGACAGAAGAGGACAAAACAGACCCUCCAUCUCCAGAUUCUCCAUCUCCUGUCUCCAGCCCAGAGUCUUCCACCCCCGAUCCCAGUUCAUCACCUCCAGAAGACUGGAGAAGGUCUGUUCAGACGCCACUGUCUCCUGUUACCCAGGAUGGCAGUUCAGAUUCAGACAAUGAAGUGUCCAAGGUCGAUCAGGCUGUUUCACGCCGUCCGUUCUUAAGCAGACUGGAACAGGAUGAAAAAGAGGAAAUUGAGACCAAAGCUGUGGCCACUUCGCCAGAUGGAAGAUAUCUCAAAUUCAACAUUGAAAUUGGGAGAGGGUCAUUCAAGACGGUCUACAAAGGUCUGGACACAGAGACCACUGUGGAGGUGGCAUGGUGCGAGUUACAGACUCGAAAACUGACGAAAGUGGAGAGGCAGCGCUUCAGCGAAGAGGUAGACAUGCUAAAGGGUCUUCAGCACCCAAACAUUGUGCGCUUUUAUGACUCCUGGAAGUCCACUGUGAAGGGUCACAAAUGUAUCCUGCUGGUCACUGAGCUCAUGACGUCUGGCACUCUAAAAACGUAUCUGAAGCGCUUUAAGGAAAUGAAACUAAAGCUUCUGCAGAGGUGGAGUCGUCAGAUCCUUAAAGGACUUCAUUUCCUGCAUACACGCACCCCUCCCAUCAUCCACAGGGACCUGAAGUGUGACAACAUCUUCAUCACAGGACCCACAGGAAGUGUGAAGAUUGGUGACCUUGGACUGGCCACACUCAAAAGAGCGAGUUUUGCAAAGAGUGUGAUAGGAACGCCAGAAUUCAUGGCUCCAGAAAUGUAUGAGGAGAAGUAUGAUGAGGCGGUGGAUGUCUACGCAUUUGGCAUGUGCAUCUUGGAGAUGACCACAUCGGAAUAUCCAUACUCAGAGUGCCAAAACGCAGCACAAAUUUACCGCAAAGUCACAAGCGGAAUAAAGCCUGACAGUUUCUACAAAGUGAAAGUUCCGGAGUUAAAGGAAAUCAUUGAAGGCUGUAUCCGCAUGAACAAAGAUGAAAGGUAUACCAUUCAAGACUUGCUGGAGCACACAUUCUUCCAGGAGAACAACGGUGUCCACGUUGAAUUGGCUGAGGAAGAUGAUAUGGUCAAAUCCAGUCUCAAGCUGUGGCUUCGUAUGGACGACACCAAGAAGCUCCAUGGGAAGUACAAGGACAACAAUGCAAUCGAGUUUCUGUUUGAGCUCUACAAAGAUGUGCCAGAGGAGGUGGCACAGGAGAUGGUGGUUCUGGGAUUUGUAUGCGAGGCGGACUACAAACUGGUGGCCAAGGCGAUGCGAGAUCGCAUAACAGCCAUCAAGCGCCAGCGUGAGAAACAUCGAAGGCUGGCAGAGGAGAAGCAGCAGAGGAAAUCCCUCAUUGAGGAGGAAUCUGAACCACGAUCGCCGAAACACAUUGGUCAGAUGCCUGAGACCCUGACCCCGCCUCCUGUGCAAAUUCCGCCCACUCCUCUAGUCUCUGAAUCCAUGUGCUCUCCUGUUAUCGGCUCAUCUGAUUUUGGGCUAAAUGGAACGCUCCCACCAGAGCCAGAGGAACCAGAGGCCGACCAGCACUUCCACAUCCGGCAUACAAGCUGCUCGUCAGCAACCUCUGACUGCGAGACUGAUGGAUAUCUCAGCCCGUCGGGUUUACAAGAUGGCACAGAGGUUUCCAAUGGCAACAUCGUGAGCUCUCCAGUCCCCACCACACCACAGGCCACACCCCCAGACGUCAGGUCCAUCCCCAGCCCACCAAUCCCAGCUCUUCGCUUCCCCUCAAGUAUUGCCGUGUCUACCAAAACUGAGAGCGGACCGCUUAGCCCUUUCCCCUCACCUCUGGACAGUUAUGCUUCCGACGUGACCUCGGGCUUGAGUGAUGGUUACGAGGGCCAAUCCGAGAGGGGGGAUAAGAUAGCAGCCAGACGGACAGCAGGGAAACUGUUUAGGAGGAGGAGCCGGUCCCGCCUACGCAUUACAGGGCUGUCUGAUAAAGUCGACCGGGUGGUUGAGUGUCAGCUACAGACCCAUAAUGACAAGAUGGUCACCUUCAAAUUUGACCUUGACGGUGACAAUCCUGAAGACAUUGCUGCAGUUAUGGUGCAUAAUGAGUUCAUCUUGCCCUCAGAGAAGGAGGGCUUCAUUCACCGCAUCCGUGACAUCAUUAAACGGGCAGAGUCUCUGUUGAGGAAAGAUUCCUCAGGCCAACAUGAGAGCUUUGGAGUCACCCGUCCAUCUCAUCUUAAUACCAUCAACUCUCUUUCUAAUUCCCAGCCAAACCUCCACAGUCUGGCACAAACCCACUCGUCUUCCUCACUACCAGCCGAGUUUGGCCUGAGUGCUGGGGCACGGGCCUCUCCUCCGGGAGUCAGUGGAGACAUUACCUCACCCGCACGCCCACUCUUGCGUUCACAGUCUUUCCAUAAUGCUCCAGGUUCUCCUCAUCCACAUCGUGUUCCUUCAGCUUUGGCCUACAGUCCUGAUCCCAGAAUGCCUCAUUCCAAACUACCUCACAUGCAGCAAUACAGGCCGUCGUAUAUGAACAACGUCACACAUUUUAACUUCCCGUACCCACCUCACCCAGGCUCCCCCAAACCCACCCAUGCACCUCUGUCUCGUGUACACAGUAAUCCCACGUACUCCCUAUCCGCUCCAGCAUCUACUUCAGGCUCCCCCAUUCCCCUCAGUUCAGACAUCUCAAGUCCCCUGUUGUCCCCCUCUCCCACGCCUGCUCACACGCCUCCAGUGUGGCCACCCCACACUCAACCCCUGUUUUCCCUGGCUAAUGUGCUUUCAAUGGCCAUGAGCAUGGCACAUUCGUUUAUGCCCGCCCCGAGCCUGGCACAGGCCAUGCCAUCUAUGGUACAGACCAUACCCCCCCUUCCAGGCUACCAACCUCAGCUGACACCACAACCUGGUUAUCCAACAAUGUAUGCGUCUCAGUAUGCCCCACCUGUACCAGGAGAGGUGGCAUACACCACAGGGAUGACUGAGUAUUACCAGACCAUCAAUUCCCAACUUCAUAAUCAGGACACUGGAUACUCACCUCCUCCUCAAGUUACUUCAACGUCUACUUCACCCAGUGGCGUUCCCAUUUCUGCCAGUCAGACAGCCUUUACUGUUUCUCAGCAGGGAAUGCUGGGAAGCUCACAGUAUAUACAGGAAUCCUCAAAGGAAUAUUCUCUGGCUCAUGGAUACAGACCAGCUUUCCCAAGGCACUCGCUAGACCAGCGGACCAGCCCUGGCUGUUCAUCUGGCCUGUCGUCUUCGCCACGAACCAGCCUAGUAAGCAGAGUAUCGUCAUCCAGUCCUAGAUCUCUGUCCCCCCCUGCAACACCAGAGAGUACCAGAGCGCCUCAAUGCCAAGAAAUCUCAUCAUCAUCUGAACUAAAGUCUACUGUGACUGUGGGCCGUUUUCAAGUGUCCCCCAGUAAAGCAAUUCCUACCCCAGCCACACACACAGACAGUGAAAAACCACCACCAACCCUCAUCAGGUCACUGGAUCAGCCUUCGUCAUCUUUUGUAGCUCAUGUGCAAAAUCCUCCAAGAGAGAACAUCGAGAACGUCUCUACCUCCGGUGAAACUCCAUGUGAUUCAUCAAGUUCUGUUAAACAGCUCGAGACGCAGAGCAAUCAAAAAUCGGAUCAGGAUGGACAGGUUAAUCAGGAGCUAAAUGAAAAAGACAAUGAUGAGAUCCCUUUAGAUAAGAAACACAGAAGGAAGAAGGUUCGCAGAGUGGAUUGUGGGACAGGUCUUUUGGGGACAUCGGUGGACAGUGGUUUUUCAGUGGCCUUGGACCCAAAUGGAAGGACAUGGGAUGGCAACACAGGCAGCCCUCCGUAUCCCAGUCCUCUCCACAACCUCUGGAUGAGCUACACACGGAGCUCCUCCUACCUGAGCAGUGACGAAUCAGAGAGCGAGGAUGAUGAGAUGUGGGGGGAGCUACAGGAUCUAAGAGAGAAGCAUCUGUGUGAGGUUGAGAGUCUUCAGGCAGGGCAGAAGCGAGAGCUAGAGGAACUUUAUUCCAAGAUGGGGAAGGUUCCUCCCCCAUGUAUCAUAUCCCCAGCUGCUAUGCUCUCCAGCCGCCAGCGCCGACUGUCUAAAGGAGGAAACUUCCCUUCAUCUCGUCGCAACAGCCUUCAGAGACUGGAUAUUCUCCCUUUAACAGGGAUCAUGAGGAAAAAUUCCCUAAGCGGAAACAGUAGCAGUAGUUCCCAGGAGGGUUCACGGCCUACUAAAGGAGUGACGUUUGCUCCUGAUUUUACUAGAAUGUAAAUGCUUAUCCAUGUACAUUGGUGGAACUACGUUAGAAUACCUCCUUCAUUUGUGACUAACCCUGCCACACCUGCUAGACUGAAGCAGAACAAUCGUUGGACAACCAGCCACAGACUUUCUUUGCUGAUCCAAGUCCUGGAAGUGUUGCCCGGUGUUCUGGUCACAGGGUCAAGCCACGCUCACAGUCUGCCCCUCAACCAUAAGUGCUUGGACUGAGCGACUGUGUUAGUCUCAACAAGCCUCUCAUCAAAUACAAUACAGUUAGCACUGCAAAGAAAAGCUAUAUCAAAUACUGAUAUUAGAUAACAGGAUAAACUGGAAGAGCAGAAAUGAUUAUACAGCUUGUAAUAUAUGAUGCACUGGUUCUUAAACCUAAAUUGCUGUGUGAUUUUAACCUUCCGACAAGGUUUUCGUCAUACUGAUGAUAGUACAAACGCCUUAUUUUGCUUCGUUCUGUGAAUAGCCAAAUGGUUGGGGAGUCUCUGCUGUUACGUGAUGUUGUUGCCAUGGCAAAUUCAGUGAUGUAAUGUGACAUGGCAUGAUGUCUCUGUGUGAUAUAUUUAUGGCUCAGCACUGAAUAUAAUUUCUUAUUAUCUCUUGCACUUUCUAAAGAAACUCCCUGGACAUGAGCCCUGAACGCGCAUGUAUCUACAACAACGAUCCACUGUCGGAUCAGUCCUGCUGUUUCUAUUCUACUGCCUUCGUUUGAUAUGUAGAAACUUAAAAACACAAUAAAAGUGUCUUUAUGAUAUGAUCCAACAAAAUAAUCACAGUAAUCACUAUAAACUUGGUUCAUCCGGUCCGUAAACUGUUUCAUAUUUCAGUUUUACUUUUAUUAUUUGUUGUUAAGUUUUUUUUUAAUCAAAGGCUGUUAAAAUCCUUUUAUGACAAUUUUUAUGUGAAUUUAAAAAUGUAGAUUACAGAAAAAGGAUGUAUGUAUUUCGAGGGUUGGGGGUUUGAUGUCCCAAACAGUAUUUGGAUACUCGAGUCGAAAUAUGAAUAACCUUACUUUAUACAACUACAAACACCACACAGAAAGGGCUCCUGAAUAAUAUACUGUUUAUAAAGAAUACAGAAAGUCCUUAUUGACUUAAUAGAACCACAAUUAUUACAAUUGCCUUGGGAUCAGUUGCAUAGUGUAAUUGUAAAAUGUUAUAUUUUGUAGCUAAUGCAAACACAUUCAUUCAUAAUGUUUGACAUAAGUGUCCAAAUACUUUCGGGCGCCACUGAAUAUUAUUUUGUGUUUUGAGACUUCUAUUCCAUGAGAUGUAUGUAGUGUUUAACCUUGAAGUGGCUUGAUUGUUUAAAAACAAAGCCUAUCCCUACAUAUAUACAUUUACAAUAUAUUUUAGGUGUCUUGUAUUAUUUUGACUUUAGACUAUAGAUUAAUGUAUUAAUUUAAUUUUGUAAUGUAUUCAUUUCUUAAUGCACCAAAAUAAAAAGCAAAACAUAUUUUCAAUGUAAAAUAUUGAAUAUAAAAUAUACAGGUAUACAUAUAUAAAUAUGCACACUGCACUUUGCAUAUCCAUAUGGUUCCAAGUUUCAUUGUGAUGGCCUGUCAAUAUAAGAACAGUACAAAAUCAUUAACAUCUGAGUGGCUGCUAAUGUUUACUUAGGGCAGUUCAUGAAAGUAAAUUUUUAGUAUUGUCAGUGAUCUAUAAAACCCAAUAAACAUGGUAGAAUUAAAGAACAUUUCGUUUUAAAUGAACUUAGCAGAGCUCCCUACUUAAAUGAUAUUCAGGAUGAAUUCUGAAUGUGAAAAAUCUAAAACAGAUGGUAUUAAAAAGACGUUGCAUUAAACAGGCUUAGUAGAUUUACGUUUUUGUAAUGCAUAACGCCUUUCUAUGCAGAAUGAAACACGGUGAAGUGUAGAGUUUCACAUAUGCUGACAGGUUUUGUACAAAAAAAAAACAUAUUCAAAACUGUGAAAUUGUAUGAAUUAUAUGUACACAGUGACCACACUGCUGUAAAAGUAUUGCAAACAUAAACACAGUAAAC